UUAUCUUGGCCGCAGUAGCUAGCUUGAUGCUAGUGUGAAAACCAGACGAUCGCUUCUGAAGGACGGAAAGAAACACGGCGGUUGUCCGGAACACUUUUUCAUCUUUUCUACCGCCUCAGUGCGAUAAGAUUGUAUUAACAGUAACUUGGGCAAGCAAAAGCCUUUGGCCAUGUCCGGACAGAGGAGAGGAGCUGCUGCACGGCUGCCUAAAUGUGCCUUCUGCAGAACCAACCGGGACAAGGAGUGUGGCCAGCUGCUGAUGUCUGACAGCCAGAAGGUGGCGGCCCACCAUAAAUGCAUGCUUUUCUCCUCUGCCUUGGUCACAUCUCACUCAGACAGUGACAACAUUGGAGGGUUUUCCAUUGAGGAUGUGAAAAAAGAGAUCAAGAGGGGAAAUAAAUUGAUGUGUUCCUCAUGUCACCGACCAGGUGCUACUAUUGGUUGUGAUGUGAAGACGUGCCGGAGGACGUAUCACUAUUAUUGCGCUGUGAAGGACAAAGCCCAGAUCAAAGAGAACCCCUCACAAGGGAUUUACCUUGUUUACUGUCGCAAACACCGGGAUGCUUCUCAGGAUGGCAUUCAAGAUGAAGAAGAGGGAGGUGUGGCCAAUGAUUCAGACUCAUCGCCUCCACAAAGUCGGGGCAGAGGAAGGUUUGAGAAGGGGAGAGCCAAGGUGGGAUCUCGUGGCCAAGCAGAAGACACUCACUCACAGGCUGCAGACGAGGAGAGUUCCUCUCACCGGGACAGGUCUCCUCUUCGGGCCAGCCCAGCAGAUGGCGGCCAGCGCUGUGGGUUUUGUCAUGCUGGUGAUGAAGAAAACGAAACCAGAGGCAUGCUUCACACUGAUAAUUCCAAAAAAGUGGCUGCCCACUACAAGUGCAUGCUGUUUUCAUCUGGGACAGUCCAGCUGACCACUACAUCUCGUGCUGAAUUUGGGAACUUUGACGUGAAAACGGUCAUCCAGGAAAUUAAGAGGGGGAAAAGAAUGAAAUGUACGCUCUGCACUCAGCUGGGUGCUACGAUUGGCUGUGAAAUCAAAGCAUGUGUGAAGACCUACCACUAUCACUGCGGCCUGCAGGACAAAGCCAAGUACAUUGAAAACAUGGCACGCGGCAUCUACAAACUAUACUGUAAGAACCACAGUGGCAAUGAGGAGAGGGAUGAAGAAGACGAGGAACGAGAAAAUCGGAGCAGAGAGAGGGCAGCAGUUGACCACGGUAGAACACCAUCGACACAAGUGAAUGGCAAUUAGAUACAUAGCUUGUCCUGAUGGAUGUGACGUGAGGAGGAAACGGAGGAACUCAAAGACGAGGGAGAGAUAUUUUUUAUACUGAAUCUUAGCCUACUCACAAGGUCGCGCUCUACAAGCUCCCACGAGUCGUUCACACAGUUUCUUCCAGUAACUGGACACGAUGUUCCAAUGUGCACCAGAUGUCUUCUUCAUGAAACCCUGUUUUGAGUUGACUGGGUGAGCUUUUCACAGGCUGAUGACACUCUGCAGAGCACAGGACUGCUGCAGGAUCAGGAAAAGCCAUGUUGGAUAUUUUCUGAAGAGUCGGUUAUGGGCUCGGUUUCACCUACGUGUAUUGUUGCCAAGAAUAAGAGCUGAUGGAAAGGUCUUGAUUGUCACUUGCUUCCCAUGUCCUCACAGAUUACAUGACCCACAUUUGCUGAAACUGAUACAUUCUUAGCUUCUAAAGGACUCACUUUUAUGAGGGGUCUGUUUGUUACUAUUCUCUCUAUGAAGUUGUGGAGUUUGAUUACCUUGUUUCUGUAAUCAUGUCUUAAAAAUACUCUUUCAUGUUAGCCUUUCUUUCUUGAUACGUAAUAUUUUGCUACUGUAUUAUCAUCAUGAGUAAUUUUGAAUAUUUGAAUUUCAGACGGUCACAAUUAGAGGCUUUGCCAGCAUGCACUUGGACUUUCCCACUGUUAAAGGUGGUGUUUUUUUAAUUUAGUUGCAAAGGGCAAAGUAGAGCUCUUUAGAGGAGUUGGCUUGACUUUGUUUGAUGUACUGUUACUUGUAUCUCUACAGAUGUAUCCAUGAAUGAUUGGAAAUGGAAAAUAUUUUAUUUUACACAUUUACAGAGUGAACCGAGUCCUUCAUUUGAAAGUGUGGCUAUACAAAGAACUACUCCUGGCUGAGACGGUUAUUAAAGUUGAAGGUUUCUGGUCGGCUUUGAAGAGCAGCCAUGGGAACAGAGGCUCUUUGAAAGGCGCCCAAUCUUAUGGCUCCAUUCCUUUCAUAGAGCCUUUCAAAAUAAUGGCUCAUCAUUCCUUUUUCCUCCUCAUGUCUGUGGUGUAAUAGUUUCAGGUCUGUCUGUUUGGCUGAGGGCAGAGCUUAGCUACAUGCACAAGGGGCUUGACAGAGAGGCCACCUUUAGAAAGUAACUGCCAUGUCGAAUUCAAAACAUAACUUUCCGUUUUCUGAUUCACUGCUUUGUUUUGCUAGCACGGCUCCUUCUCUUCAUCCACUGUAGCUUGCUUGA